AUGAAGUGUGGAGCACUUUGUGUGUUUGCAGCCCAGGGUAGCUCAGCACCUCCCUCUUCUGAGAGGCAGAUCAUGUGGGACCAGAUCCUGCUGUCACAUUUGGUUGGAUUUGCUAAUAAAUUCAAGAUUGAUACUGUGACCCUGGCAUCCCAAGGCCAGGUCAUUUUCUGGAGAAUGACUACAGUCAUUGUCAUCCUGGCUGCAGUGAUCGCCCUGAUCAUUGGUUUUGGUGUCUGGGGAAAACACUCCAUCAGUGUGAUGGCACUGACAUCUCCAGGGAACAUUGGCCAGCACAGCAUCCUGGGCUGCACUUUUGAGCUUGACAUCCAGAUGGACAACAUAGCAAUCCAGUGGGCCAAGGAGGGAGUAGCUGGGCUGGUUCACAAGUUUAAGGGUGGGAAGGGCCACCUGUAAGAGCAAGAUCCAUCCUUUCAGGGCCAGGUGAUGGGCAGGAAUGCUUCCCUGGAGCUGAGGGAUGUUCAGCUCUCUGAUGCUGGCACCUACCAGUGCUCUGUCACCACAGCCAGAAGGAAUGAGGAAGCAGUGCUGCGGUACAGGACAGGAGGUGAGGGCUACAAGGAGCAAAAUCUAGCCUUCAGCAUCCCCGUGGUGCAGGUGGAGAACAGCAGCCAUGGGGACACAUUGCAGUGCGAAGCCCCGCACUGGUUCCGUUGCCCUGCCAUGCACUGGAUGGCCUACAGUGACACUGGGGGACCACCUGCCCCACGCUGCCAACGCAGCUAUGAGCUGAACCCUGAAAAAAUCACUGUGAGGGUGGUUUCCCUCCUGCAAAACAUCACUGCUAAUGCCAUCUACAACUGUGUGGUUGAAAACAGCAUUGCCAAGGCUAUGGGCAACAUCAGUGACAGGUAAGCCUCUCACUAUUCUUCUGCUACAGAUUUCAGUGUUACAGAGGUGACCAACUUGCAGCUGGUGAACCUGAAUGCAGAGUCAGUGUCAUCCUCUUUUCCAGCUUGUCACUGAAUGCUUUUGCUUCCCUUGUACCUGCUGUCAACAGGUACAGGUCAAUAUAAAGCCUCUAAAAUGCAAUUGGAAACUCUGCUGGAUCUGGAGAAAGCACCCACAGAAAAUAAGGCUGUCACAGCAACAUUUGUGGAGACUUCUGCUUUAAGCUAUUUUGGCAACCUUUUAGGAUGGAGUCUUAGAACUUUAUUGAAUGGUGGCAUCUACCAGGUCUUGUGCCACCCAAACUUUGGUCUCAGAAAUGGAUAG